AUGGCCGAGAUCACCGAAAUACGAGCAGCGUACGAUAUGUCCCCAGUACUUGCGGGCUUCAUCGGCGCCGGCGUACUGGUGGUUGCAGUGGUGGCCUUAAUCUUUGUGUGGACAUGCUGCCAAAAACGCUACCACAGGAUGAGCCAUAAGCUCCAUGGUGUCCAGACAGAGUGUAGUGACCCGUUGACAGACCCACCUUACAAGUUCAUCCACAUGCUGAAGGGCAUGAGCAUCUACCCAGAGGCGCUGACCAGCAGCAAGAGAAUCGUACGACUUGUGCGUCGAGCCAGCGGCAACAGCAGUGAUGUCGAGCGAGAAGCCAAGGGAUGUCCUGUUGUCCUGGUGGACGUAGGUGCCGAGAAGAGUCCCAUGGUGACACCUCAGUUUGAGGUAGGUGGUUUAGAUGAGAGCGCUGUCCCAGCUCCACGACUAGAGAGGGAGCUUCCUGUUCGCGCAGACUACUGCUGCCUGGAGAACAGCUCAAGCAGUGGCAGCCAAAGCUCAAGCACUACGGCAUCCAACAGCGCCACACCCUUCACGGAUGAGGCCGAUCGCGGAACCCUCAGCCUCACCAUCGACUACAAUUUCCCCAAGAAGGCACUGGUGGUGACUGUACUGGAGGCGCGAGGGUUGCAUGCUGUGGAUGGCCAAGCAGGCAGUGCUGACCCUUACAUCAAGAUGACCAUCUUGCCUGAAAAGAAGCACAGAGUGAAGACCCGGGUCCUGCGCAAGACACUUGAGCCUGCCUUUGAUGAAACGUUCACGUUUUAUGGCGUGCCUUAUAGCUCGCUGUCCGAGCUCACGCUGCACUUCCUUGUGCUGAGCUUCGACCGCUUUGCUCGAGAUGAUGUGAUCGGUGAGGCGUUGGUGCCGCUGGCCGGCGUGGAGCUCAGCACAGGCAAGGUCCAAAUCACACAGCCAAUCAGCAAGAGAAGCAUGCAGUGCGUGAGCCGUGGGGAGCUGCUGGUCUCUCUUUCGUAUCAGCCUGUCUCUCAUAGACUCAGUGUGGUCGUCCUGAAAGCGAGACACCUUCCCAAACUGGACAUCACUGGCCUGGCUGGAAACCCGUAUGUGAAAGUGAACGUGUUCUACAACCGCAAGCGUAUUGCCAAGAAGAAGACUCAUGUGAAGAAGUGCACGCUGAAUCCUGUUUUCAACGAGUCCUUCAUCUACGACGUGCCUGCUGAUCUGCUGCCCGACAUCUCGAUCGAAUUUCUAGUUAUGGACUUUGACCGCACUACUAAGAAUCAGGCUGUGGGGCGUCUGGUGCUGGGAACACACAGUCCCUGCCCCUCUGGUGCCACCCACUGGCAGGAGGUCUGCCAAAACCCACGCAGGCAAAUCUCCAAGUGGCACAGCCUUGUCGAGUAUUGA